AUGUCGAAGCGAACAAGUGCCGGCGCUGCCAACGGCGGCCUCGACAAGGACGCGACUGUGGCGAACCAACCCGCUGUCGACAAGCAAAAGACGCUUCUCUCGGCUGAUGUUGGCCACUUUUCCCUCGUCCGCGCCAUGCAUCUGGCCGAUCUCAUUACCCUGAUGAACGGUAUACUCCUCCUUUCCUCGUCCUCUGCUCUGCGGCUUCCGAGCUUCUGCGGCGUCAUGUCCAUCUUCUCCUCCCUGCGCUACUGCCUCGGUGCCGAUCCUGCCGCCCACGGACAGCUUUGGCUGGCGCUCUACUUUUUGCCUUUUGGCUUCUUCUUUGACGCCUUUGACGGCAAGGUAGCGCGCUGGCGCAAGAAGAGCAGUCUCAUGGGCCAGGAGCUCGACUCCCUGGCCGACCUGAUCUCGUUUGGCGUCGCCCCCGCCAUGGUUGCCUUCACUAUUGGCCUCCGCUCCUUUGCCGACACGCUCGGCCUCACCUUUUUCGUCCUCUGCGGCCUCACCCGUCUCGCGCGCUUCAAUGUGACGGUGGCUGUCCUGCCCAAGGACGAGACGGGCAACAGCAAGUACUUUGAGGGUACCCCGAUCCCGACCUCACUCGCCCUCGACGGCGUCAUGGCCUGGUGGCUGCACAACGGCUGGAUCCUCGAGAGCGUCCCCUGGGGCGUCUGCCUCGCGGGCACACCCCUCGAGUUCCACCCCGCCGUGCUGCUAUUUGUCGCGCACGGCUGCCUCAUGACCAGCAAGACAAUCCGCAUACCCAAGCCUUGA